UGUUCACUGACUCAAGAACUCGGUGGAAUUUUAAUCCACCAAGUUCACCUCACAUGGGUGGGGUUUGGGAGCGACUGGUGCGCUCUCUGAAGACGGCAUUCAAUGUUCUCAAUGACGGACGAACGAUGACCGACGAAAUACUACUGACCACACUUGCGGAAGCUGAGGACCUCAUCAAUUCUCGCCCCCUAACGUACUCAUCUCUGGAACCGGGAGUACUAGAAGCUUUGACACCAAAUCAUUUCAUUCGUGGUGUUGGAGGUCAAACCGAGCAUGCCGUUCCGCCCACCAACGAAGCUGCAGCUCUCCGAGAUUGUUAUAAGCGCUCGCAAGUGCUGGCCGACAGAUUGUGGAAACGAUGGGUCACGGAAUAUUUGCCGUCGAUCAACCGAAGGACGAAGUGGCACGUGGAGUCCCCACCACUCACCCGUGGUGACCUUGUGUAUAUCGCCGAUGAUAGCAUACGAAAAAAUUGGAUCCGGGGCAUUGUCGAACAAACUAUCGAAGGACCAGACGGCAGAAUCAGGCAGGCAAUAGUAAAAACAGCUAAGGGUCAGUUUAGGCGACCCGUGGCGAAGCUUGCGGUGCUGGAGGUGCAGGAUCGUAAAUCUGGAGUGCAGGGAACCCAACCAGAAUUACGGGGAGGGGGUAUGUGCCUAUCUCCGAGCACCAUAUAAAUAUCUUGCGACGGGUCCGACCUCAUAAGAAGGACGUUGGUGCUGAACGUCAGUGGAAGAACGUGGGUGUGUGCGUAAGAAAUUUAUAAACAAAAAUAAAUUGUAAUGGCUGAAUAUAAUUGAAUUGCUAUUGCUAAGUGAAUUAGAAAGUUAAGAGUGAAAAAUUAGAUUGGAACAGAUUUGUGGAGAGACGCAGAAUUUAAGAGCUACGAAGAAGUUGUAGUCGUAGAAGUGUAGAAGCGUAAGCUGUCUGGAAUCGCGAGCGCCAUAGCUGAC